AUGUCGGCGUAUGCAUCUGGCCUUCGCUUUUUCGCUCCGAUAGUCGUCUUUGCCAGAAUCCCCNAGGUCGAGAUGGAAGCAGUAAGUUCGAAGUCCCGGCCUGCCAUCACGGCUACAGACCAUUCAGCAUUCAUCUUCAUAGCAACAGCUAUGUGUAUUGUUUGUAUGUUGCUCUUUCUGGCCGCUCGGCUCGUUGUUCGAUAUCCAUGGAAGCGGUCUCUAGGACCUGACGACUGGACGACCCUUGUGGCUUCGGUGAGUCCACAAGCCCAUGAUCAAAAUGGUCAAACUGACUUCUCAGNNGUGUGCGCCUUAUGCCAGAGUAUUGUUUUGCUCUCAAGCGCCAAAGCUGGGCUUGGAAAGGCUGAACUGGUGCUUUCGUCCCGUCAGAUAAGAGCAACUCUCAAACUUCUGUACGCAAGCGAUCUUCUUUACGUACCAGCCAUCUUUAUUGCACAACUCGCGGUCAGCCUCUUCUUCUUAAGACUGUCUGGACCCGAACGGAGUUUCUUCCACCGACUUGCUCGCUUCAUCGCAGGAGCGUCGGUAUCUGUUGCAAUUGGGUGUUUCCUGAUGAUUGCGAUCAGGGUAGAGCACGGUAUACGCGUAUGGGGAAUCAUCGUGGUGGGCCACAGAUCGAUAUUCGGUGAAUCGAGUUUCAUGGUUGCUAACAGGGUCAGAACGAUCAUGCUGACCAUCUUCCGACUGGUGGCAUUGGCCAAGGCGAGUAGGGGAUCGGAUCGUACAUUCGACAUGACGUUACCAGUAGUUCUGACACAGCUCGAGAUGCACUUUACCGUUCUGGCUGCCACGAUACCGAUUCUCCGAAACCCGCUUGCCAAGCUCAAUUCAGGAUAUCUCAACACAACGUUGGAGCAGAUGGAUCCGGCAGCCAGUGCAGCGUAUGCCUCAUCUAGGUCAGGCAGCAGUGGUAAAGGGCCAUCAUUUGCUCUGUCGCAUAUAACGGGUAGCGGCCAGCGCAACGACACGGUCGUUGAGCAGAGAGAACGAGAAGGUAUCGAGACAAUCGCCGAAGGGGGAUCGGAUACGCUUGGAGAAGGUCAGAGUAUGCUGUCCGAGGGUUCUGACCAGAUCAUGAUCAAGCGGACAGUCAUGAUAGAUUACGCAUGA